CAGCCCCCAAAUCGAUCACUAUAAAAAUGGGCGAAAUUUUCGUUAUGGCAUCAGUUCAAUCAAAGCUUAUCUCAGGUUUACUCUACUUGAUUCAAAUACAAUAUGGCUUUCAGAUUCCUUGUCCUUGCUCUUACCCUCGCCUAUGCUAACGCAGGCCAACUACUCACUCAACCCGAAGCUGUACACUAUUCCUCAGCUCCUGCAGUCAGCAGCUCCUACUUUCAACAAGCUUCAGCUCCAGUUGCCUACGCUAAGGCCUAUGCUGCUCCUGCUGUUACCGCUUACCAUUCCGCUCCAGCCGUAGCAGUCCACUCUAGUCCAGUUGCUGUACACGCUCCCUCAGUAGGAGUCUCACAACAAUCCGUAGCUAGAUCUCUUGGUGGUGCCCAAUCCGUUUCUACUUAUUCUAAAGCCGUAGACAGUGCAUUCUCUAGCGUACGUAAAUACGAUACUAGAAUCACCAAUGAUGCUUUGUCUUAUGCUCCAGCUCAGGUCGCUUACUCUGCUCCCCUUGUUACCAAGGCCUACGCAGCUCCAGUCGCAUACUCCUCACCUGCUCACUUAUCCUAUGCUGCACCUGCUCAAGUAUCUUACUCUGCACCCACUCAAGUAUCGUACUCCGCACCUACUCAAGUAGCUUACGCUUCUCAUGCCCCAGUGGCUUACGCCGCACCUGCUCAACUAGCCUACACAGCUCAUGCUCCAGUAGUAGCUAAGGCCUACUCCCCAGCUCUAUCGUACGCUGCCCAAGCUCCACUUGUAGCCAAGACUUAUGCCGCUCCAGCUACUUACUCUUACGCCGCUCCAGUUGUAGCUAAGGCUACCUAUGCCGCUGCUGGCCCAGUAGCUCAUUAUGCUCCAGGUCCAGUAGUAACUAAAGCUGCUGUAGCUUACUCGCCAGCCGGUGUUGUAGCUCACACCAAUUUCCAAGGUUAUGGAAUUGAAUAUCACUACUGAGAAGUAUUGUUUGAUUUAUAGACUGCAAUUGAAUGUAUAUAAUACUUAUGUUUAAUAAAUUAUUAUUUUUUGAUUA